CAUGGACAGUUCGUGCUGGGGCCGCCCAGGUGCGGUUACUUCUGACCGCACUACAACCUAUAUCUAUUGCUUCCUCUCCUCGCCCCGCGUCAUUCCUUCUUCGAAUUCACGCCAUUCUUUCAGUCUAUCCCCCUCUGAUAACUUGCUGCAUCGCUAACGGACAACGACUCGGACGACCUCGCAAACAUCAAUAUCAUUUUUCAACACUCACAGGCCUACUUCGACUGCCCGAUGCGCGUCCCUGUUGCUACCACGUCGCGCACGAAGACUCCGUCAUGGAAGGGGAAGGAGCGGGAGACGGUCGUUGAAAGAGAAGGCUCAGGAGGCAGCAACGGCGUCGUGCUGCCGUUACAGCUCUUGACCGAGUCGAUGUAUCAAUCUGUCUAUACUCUCCCUGUCCUCGUCGGCGGUGGCCGCCAAAACCUCUCCCUCCAAGUAGAUACCGGUUCUGCUGACUUGUGGAUCGCGUCUACGUCCUGCUCAAGCUCGCCAUGUAGCGGCACUGGCGGCCACCUCUACGACCCCUCUACGGCUACAGCCGCCGACGACUCCUUCGCGCUAUCCUACCUCCGAGGCUCAGUAUCCGGCGAUAUAGUAUGGGAUGCCGUCUCGCUCGGCGGAUACAACAUCACAAACCAGGCGCUAGCCGCCGUCUCGUCCGUAGACGGCGAACCGCUCGAUCCCCUCUACAGCGGUAUCCUCGGACUCGCCCUCCCCGCCGACUCGUCCAUCUACCUCAGCAUCGGCAAUGACGAAGGCAACGCCCUCGCCGCCAAUCUCUUCGGCAUGACAUCUUCCGCCAGCGCGCCGUCCGCGCCGUUCCUCUCCCUGUCUCUCGGACGUCCCGGCUUCAAUGACGUCCCCUCCGUUCUCGGCGUCGGCCUCCACCCAUCAGAGCUCGUGCCCGAUCCGAGCAAGGUCGAGUACCGCGACCUCGUCACGAACUACAACUACGACCAGUUUUGGGCGACGAGCGUGCGGGAUAUUACAGUUUGGGUUGACGGCAAGGCGAAGGUGAUCGCCCUGGGUGACUCGACGUCGGGCGCGACGUAUCCCACUGCGGUGCUCGACUCGGGGACGCCGGUCAUUCUGGCGUCACCGGUUAUAGCCAGCGGGAUAUAUGCUGCCCUUGGGAUGACAGCUGCGUCUGACGGAACUUAUUACAUCCCUUGCACGACCCCGAUCAACAUGACGAUCACUCUCGACGACCGCACCCAGAUCCCCCUCCAUCCUCUCGAUCUCUCGACCUCCUCGUCCACCGCCGGAUCGUACUGCAUGGGUAUGAUCCAGUCCACCGCGCAAAUGACCUCUUCCGUCCACGUCCCCGACGUCGUGCUCGGGGUACCUUUCCUGCGCAGCGUGUACAUGGUCAUGGCCUACGAAAACCCCGACGAAGGUGGUACCUUCUCGAGCGAUGACACCUACCAGCACGCCGGCGAGCAGGCCAACCCCCAGCUCGGCCUCAUGGCGCUCACGAACGCCACGCAGGCGAUCAAGGAGUUCAACCAGACCAGGCUUGGCGGUGGCGCGUCUGGCUCGUCCACGGGCUCAGGCUCGGGGACUCACGGGAAGAAGCUUUCCGUCGGCAUCGACGUCCUCCUCGGCUGCGUCGGCUUCCUCGUCCUCUGCGCGGUCAUCUUCGUCGCCCGCUGGUUGUACUACAAGCGCAAGUGGCGCCGCGUGCCCGGCGACUUCGAGAGCGACAACAAGGACCUCCCGGACGUUCGAUAUACCCUCGCACGGCACAGUUCUAUGACGGACAGGUACAGUAUGGCCGACAGUAGCAAGUCGCCGCCGAGGAGGCCGACACCGCUCCGUAACGCCUCGUCGUACUAUGGCGAGGCGGACGCACUUGGUUUCCUGUCCUCGAUGCCGAACGGGGCGACCGAACGCACUGGGGAGCGGAGGCACGACGAGGGCCCAGCGCGGGCUAGCGUCGCGUCGUGGGACUCGUUCUGCAUGAGUCAAACCAAGCCCUCAGGAUCCCCUUACGCGUAUCAGCGGGCUGGGCUCGACAGCCCGCCCGGCUCGCCUGGCCUACCGUUGCCGGAGGGUGGUCGGGGUAGCGUGGUCUCGGGUGACGCGUCUUCUCCUGCAGCAUCGCAUCGACGGCUGGAGAGCGACGAGUCACUGGCAGUGCCGUUGUUGGCGCAUACACGGACACCUUCGUCCGGCGGCGGGGUUGCGCGUUCGGAAGACCUCGCUGACUACGGGUUGCACCUCAGGCCACAGGCCCCGACGCGACGGCCGGGGUACGAGCGGAUGACGAGUUUCACCUCCGCAGAUUUGGAUAGCGCGCAGCGCAGCGGCGUUGUCGGGGAGGAUCAAGAUGCAGGUGAACAUCGGGAUGCGCAUCCUGUGUUCUCGCAGCAGCGGGUUGAAAGCGACCAUUCAUGUAGUGAGUUGGAUCGGACAUUGCCGCCGUCGUGUGUAACAGAAUCAUAGCACUGAUCUCGAGUGUGUAUAUACUAUAUGCUUUGCAUCGCUUGGAUAAGUGGACUUGUUUGCUAGUCGUUCCUCGGUCUCGGUAUCUAAGUAGUGUAGGACCUGGACUUUGACUGCUGUCUCUCAUUGAGUUUAUUGCUAAUGGUGUAUUCUACCUGCUGUGCUUACCUAACUAUAUAAUAAUUACCGGCCGGGGGCAGCCAGUAAAAUUUCC